GUGAGAAAAAAAUUUAAAUGUGAAAUUAAGUUGAUGAUUAAAAAACUUUGAUUUUGUUUAUUAAUCGGUUAAAAUUUUUUUUAUAUUCAUCGUUGUCAUAAUUUUUAGUUAUGGUUGAAAUAUCGUGCAAGUUGUUAGGCGGACGAUCCGUAUUCAUUGCCGGGGAAACAGUCGAAUGUGAUAUCACUUUCAAAAUUAGUGAAAGCUACGUCAGCAAUAGAUCUAAGUCCCCAUUAGUGAAGCUUGCUUGGGCAAGUGCUCAGAUUCAUUGUCAGUGUUCCGUCAACGAAUCUAAAAUUGCCUUGGGGGAUAAAUCACAUAAAAAUUCAGAAUCAUCAUCAAAUCUCAAUCGAGUCGGUAGCCAUGAAACAUCACUUGCCCCUUUUAAAGAUGAAAAAGGAUCUACGGUCUUCUCCAGUAAACCAGCCAUUUUGUUUUGUGACAUCACAUUAGGGCCUGGGGAUUCUCAAACAUUCAGGUACAAAGAAACACUGCCGGUGAAUAUUGCCCCAUCAUACAGAGGGUCCUGUCUGAAAUAUUCGUACAAAAUCACCAUAGGCACUCAAAAAAUUGGAGGCCACAUCAAACUCAUGAAGAUUCCAAUUAGAGUCCUAAUCAUACCAGGCUUGGAGGGCAUGAUGAACUUGUGUGAAGGUAGCGAUGACUGUCGGCCGACAAACCCAUUCUAUCAGCCCAUUCCUAAUGACAACAGCAUCUUUGACGUUGCGAUGGAGAACCUUCAACUGCUCACCUGCAGAAAAAUACCAAGCCAUUACAACAUAACAAAUAAGAAAGGUUUAGUAGUUGAGUUCUGCCUCUUCAAACACGCCUUCAGAUUAGGCGAUGACAUCAUCGGGGUCUGCAUAUUCGAUAAGGCAGCCGUUAAAUGUGUACAGUUUUCAGUGACGUUGCAAUGCAAAGAGACCCUAUUGGACGGCUGUCAUUUGAAAUCGACCAAUAGGAAAGCUUCUUCCUCUUCCCUAUCGACUGCCGACUUGGACGGCUCCAUCGUCACUAACGUCAACAAACAUGAAGAGUUUAUUUUGUUUGUGCAGAGAACGCACAUCGCUAUUCCUAUCCCUCUGACGGCCACUCCGGCUUUUAGCACUGACCUAGUGGCUCUAAAAUGGAGACUACACUUUGAAUUCGUCACCCUGACCAGCCCUCUCUUGGAACAUCCCUCUGAAUCUAAUCCCGUACACCCCCCGAAAACAACAUGGACUGCUCCUGCUAAUUUAGACGUAGAGACGAUGGUCUGGGACCUGCCAAUCAAAAUAUACGCCACCAAUCCGGCUUUCAUUAAUAAAGUCUCCAUGCUAAAUUCCGAAAGCGUCUGUACAUUAUAGUGUUAUGUACGUCCCGUGUACACACACACGCAUACAUGUACCUGUGCAUACAUACAUAAAUACACACACACACAUACAUACAUAAAUAUAUACACACAUACAUACAUACGUACAUAAACAAACACAUGCAAGCUUAAUUUAUGAAUAUAUGUGUAUAUACAACACGCACACACACAUACAUACAUAAAUACACACACACAUACAUAUAUUAUUAAUUAUGUAUAAAUUGUGUAUUAAUUUAUAUCCUUACAGCAAAGAUUUAAAGUUUUAAAAAUGUCAAUACUAAAGUAAGAGGAUAAUCUCGCCUGCUUUUUAUGGAUGAUCAAACAACAUUUAAUAAAUGAAUUAAUUAAUCAAUUAGUUUAAUUAAUUAAUCAAUUAGUUUAAUUAAUUAAUCAAUUGUUUUUUUCAUGUCGUUAGAAACGUAGAUCAGUUUUGUUAUUUUCUCAAAUCAAAAUGGUAAAAUUAUGGU